AUGUACUGGGCUGUUUCUAUCCAACGCCAUCUGCUGUUCCAGCGCCUAUGGCGUUCCGUACCUGUGAAGAGGCCCGUCCGUGGUGGCUACAGCCACCCGUUAGAUGAACGAGUGAAUGCCAAUGCAAAGCGUGACAAAAAAACGGUUUGUGAGAAGGGAGAAGAAUCUACGUGGCUGGAUCAUUGCCUUGUAAAUAUUUAUCCCAGACAUUUGGUUUCUCCCCGAGAUCUCCAGCGUCGAUCGAACGCUCCCAUCCUUGAGCAUCGCCUUGACCACAUUGUGAGUCUCAUUUCCCCCAAGAAUUGCUUGUCCCGCUCAGAGUGUCUACAUCCCGGCCAUCAAGACGGCGAUAUCAACAGGCUAGGCUAG